CAUCGGAGUAAACAGAAAAGAUGGCGACGCCAUACACGGGAGAUCGGGUUUUAGGGACAAACGCUGUUAUUUCAGAGAGUUUCGCCAAACGGUUAACCGAUUUACCGGCGGAAUUAUUAGAGCAUAUAUUGUGCUUCCGCGUUCUAAACCAUAUCGACAUUUGCAACGUUUCCUGCACGUGCAAGAGGCUGCAUGACGUGUGCCAUGGCAGGGGAAAGGUCUGGGCGCAUCAGUACAAACUCAGGUGGCCCAGGCUGCAGAGAUUUUAUCAGCAAAAUGAGUCAUACGAUUGGCUGAAAGAAUUCAAAACCCGGCACGUGGUUGGUCAACAGAUAAGAAGAACAGUAGAGUCUAUUUCCAAGAGGUUCUUCACAGAAGUUCCUUGCGUUGGUCAGGUUCUUGGAGACAGCUUUGCGGAAAUCGAUUCUCUUGGUGCUCCAGAACACUUCUGUGAGGAUGAGCUGCUUGGCAUUUUGAACUCGGACAAAAGGAAAUGUUUGACACUUAAGUACUAUGCGAAGAAAAUCCUGUACUUCCUCCGGCAGCAGAACAUUCUGAGGAAUUUGAAGGUUUUCCUUGAGAGACCACCAGAACAACAAUCAGCCCUUGAAGGUGCUGUUUUGAUCGAUCAGUAUUGCAACCCUCUGGCUGAUAUCACUCUUGAGAGCAUAUCUGCGCAGAUAGAAGAAAUCACUGACAAGGUGAAGAAGUAUCUACGAGUAAAAAGUGCCACACACCCAAGUCUACGAGCCAGUCAAGGUGACUGCUUUGUUCUGGAAAACCUGGAGUUUCAAAGGCAAGUCAUAUGUGCUCUGAAUGCUGUGCUGUAUGACCAGCUGCAGUACAAGGGCAAUGAGCGUGACUACUACAAUCCACUCAACUCAUACAUACAUCAGGAUGAGAGUGAGGACAUCUACGACUAUGUAUACAUUGACACGUUUGGGAAAGGAAAGCAGCUGGCUGCUAAAGAGUGUGAGAAUCUGAUCCGACACCAGGUGGGAGCAGAUUACUACAGCGCUAUAAGCACCGGCGAGCUGCUGCUGCGGAUGGUGGGAAACCUACUUAACAUCGGCAAAAGAGGGGAAGGGAAUGAGAAAUCAUAUCAGCUCUUGCGGGACUCGCUGGAUCUCUACCUCACUAUCAACCCUGAUAAUGUGCAGUAUCUUCUGCUGCAAGCCCGUCUCUACUUCCACCUGGGCAUCUGGCCUGAGAAAGUGUUGGAUAUUCUACAGCAUAUCCAGGCUCUAGACCCGACUCAGCACGGAGCGGUCGGGUAUCUGGUGCAGCAUACGCUCGAGCACAUCCAGCAUAAGAGGCACCCGGUAGAGCCGGAGGUGAAGAGACGCAGCGCGCCUGAGCACAGGGAUGUACAGUACUCUGUAGGCCUCAUCAUGAAACAUAAGAGGUCAGGCUACAACUGCGUUAUCUACGGGUGGGACCCUAAAUGCACCAUGAGUCAGGAGUGGAUUAACACUAUGAGGGUCCAUCAGCUGUCUAAGGGGGCUGAUCAGCCAUUCUACAACGUCUUAGUGCAGGAUGGGACAUGUAGAUAUGCUGCGCAAGAGAAUCUGGAGCCUCACUCCGCCCCGCUGGAGAUCGCUCACCCUGAGGUCGGCCGCUACUUCACCGAGUUCUCUGACACACACUACAUCGCUAAUGAAGAGCUCCAGGCGCGUUACCCAGAGGACAUGUGCAAGACCCACAGGACUGUAGAGGAGCUCUACCACGGUCUCAACCCCAACUCAGGGCAGUCACCGGAGCCCACCGCCAACUUCCAGGACCACGAUUUGUUAGAUCCGUAGAGAAGAAUGCCACCUCCUUGCCUCCCUCCCCACUAUAGAUGCGUAAUGUCAUUCACUUUCUCCUGAACUGUUACAACUGUUAAGGGACUGGAGUUAAGGGACAAGUUAAAGGAAUAGUUCACCCAAAAAUGAAAAUUUGCUGAACA